CGCAUCUGCGCGACCCUCUUUGCUAGUUUCGGCCAGUCCACACUCCGUACGUACACACCAACAUUGCCGCAUGGAACUCUGACCCACACAGACGCUCGCUCCAUCUCCCCACAAACUUUACUUCGCUUACGCGAACUCAAUCGAAACAAAAUAAAAAUAGGCAGUGCACGUGCGAGCAAAUACUCUCGGGUCACUACAUAAUCUUCUGUUCCAAUUUCAAAACAUAUCAGUGGAGUUUUAAAAAGUUUAAAAAGUACAUGGUGCUCAAUCAGCCUUUUUGGUGUCACAAACUUUUGUGCCAGUGUUUUAAAAGUGUAGCUGCAAGUAAAAACUUCUUGCUUAUAUCGUAAAGUGUCUUAUUAUCUAUGUGUAAAACUCUUUGGUCUGAUUUUGAUUAGUGAAAGUGAUUUAAAAAAUGAACGGUGUUGUGGUGGAUUCGGAAUGCAAUACAGAAAAGGCGGGAUUAGUUGACAGGCACUCGGCAGUGGACGUGUCCAGUGCUGCCAAGGAAAAUGAACACUCCCGAUGGACAGACGGAAACAGACUGUCCACCCUGCCUACGGGCGACCGCUCGAACCUGCUUCGCUCGCACGCAGCAAAGUCAGCCGAGUGCGGGCACAGCUCGCCUCGCCCGCGCCGCGUGCCACGCGAGUCGCGCCGCGUGUCGCUCGCGCAGGCGCCCGGCUACGUGCAACUCAACCAGUACCGGCUGCUGGAGCCUAUUGGACAGGGUUCAUACGGUAUCGUCAAGUUAGCUUACAACGAAGAAGAUGACACACACUAUAUAGGCCCCCUUAAUUGA